AUGUUUGACUAUUUGAAUGCUCCAAUCAUCACAACUUCGUUGAGCCUUUUGAUCGGCUCUCUCGUCCUUUACUACCUCCAUACAAACAUCUCAGAGCGAAUUUUGAAUAACUUCCAAGCCAGUGAGGCAUGGAUCCCAGAGAAUGAGCUAGUCCUCUUGACCGGUGGGAGUGGAGGCAUUGGCAGACAAAUACUGGAAGAGCUUGCUCGCAACAAAGUACGCGUGGUGGUCCUCGAUAUCAACCGACCAACCUUUGACCUUCCGGGAAACGUCACAUUCUAUCAAACAGAUAUAGCAUCUGCUACAUCUCUUUCCGAAACGGGCGCCGCUAUUAGAAAGUCGCAUGGAGAGCCGACGGUUAUUGUGAACAAUGCUGCCGUUUUCCACCAUGGUACUAUCCUCGAAAUUCCAGAGGAGAAGUUGCGCCAGACAUUCGAUGUGAACAUCGUCUCUCAUUUCCUCAUCUUGAAAGAAUUUCUUCCGUAUAUGGUUCGUAUGAACCGUGGCCAUGUCGUUUCGGUGGCGAGUGUUGCGAGCUUUCUUACUGUAGGCGAGAUGGUGGGCUAUGCGUGUUCGAAGGCUAGCGCUCUUGCUUUCCAGGAAGGCCUUCGGCAGGAGUUGAAAUAUUGGUACAAGGCUCCGAAUGUACGAACGAGCUCCAUUCACCCCCUUUGGGUUCGGACUCCCCUGAUCGAAGGCUUCACUCAAUAUGAAGCAGAUUUCCGUCAACCACUCCUAGAUCCAAAAGAAGUCUCUCAGGCAGUAGUGGACCAUAUUGUGACUCGAACAAGUGGGCAAACCAUCGUGCCUAGGCGUGCAUCGGCGGUUGGGUCCCUCAGGGCCUUGCCACUGUGGCUACAAGAGGCAAUGCGAUCAUACCUAUCGAGAAUAGUCCUGCGAGUGAGGAUUAAGCGCAUUGCUGAUGAAAAUUCUGGCCGGCCUGUCUAG